AUGGCUUCAUGCGAAGCUUGGCGUUCUCUCCCACCAUCACACGUUAUGAAGAACCCCUCAACGCCAGGACGUAAGGGCAUAACGAAGCAGAGAGGUUACAUUGUGAGGCAGUUGCUUGCCUUGGAUUUGUUCUCGGUCGCCAUUGAAGGAGUUACACGGAGACUACGCAUUCUUUGGUGCUUGAACAAUCUGUUGAAUCCAAAGGCAAAUAACACUUUCGCCGCCGGUCUGGAAGAGGUUUUCCGCGCGGAGGCCCAAUUCGGGUCCGGUUCGGACGUGGGUCGGGUUGGGGCACUCCAGCUGCUGGAGCGGGCCCUUGUUGCGAACCGGGGCGCGGACGGCGGCUGUCCGGCGGCGGUGGUGGGAGGGGUGGUGGGGUGCCUGCGGGNCAUCGGGGAGGGGGAGGGAGCACGCGAUGAGCGUGCUGGCGGUGGUCUACGGCGGGCGGGGAAGAGGAGAGGCGGCGGUGGCUCCGGCGGAGGAGGUAGCGCGUGCGGUGGCGCUGGCGCUGCAGGGGGAGUGCAGCGCGAGGGGGAGGCGAAAAGGUGCCCAGCUGCUAAGGAUACUUGA